CUGCUGCCAUACCAGUACUACCAAUCCCACACUGAAAUCUGUAGCCUUUAGUAUUUGAGAUGCGUGUGGCCAUUUUGCCAUACGAUGAGUCCUGGGGUAACGGCGUUUUCAGCAAUUCAAGCUGCCCUCUCCGCCGCCCUGGCAACAGUCAAGGUCCUCAGUAUCGAGCAUGUCGGGAGUACAUCCGUGCAAGGAAUGGCUGCAAAACCCGUCAUAGACAUAGACAUCGUUGUCGCAGAAGAAGAUAUCACGGCAGCUAUAGCUGCACUCGAGCUCAACGGUUACAUUUAUCACGUGGAGACUGCGUCCCUUGACCGAUAUUCGUUCCGAUACAAUAAUCACCAACGCCACGCCAAAGGCACUGAAGAGCAAAUGACCGGAGAGGUUCGUCGAAAUGUGUACAUUUGUGGGCCAGGCUCUCUAUCAUUAAAGAAUCAUCUUGUUGUGAGAGAAGCGCUGAGAAAUGAUCGCGAGCUCAGAGAGGAGCAUUCGAGGGUGAAAAUGGAGCUGGCGAAAAAUGAUCAUGCAACACUUUCGGACUAUGUGGAUGGGAAAGACGCGAUUCUUCGAAAGGUUCUAAGUAGGGGAGGCUUAUCAAAAGAAGAAAUCGAUGACGUUGGAAAAGGCAAAUAUUAGGACAGAACGGACGGCACCGAACUCUUAAUAGUGCCCAUAGUCGUGACUGGCGGCUGGUUCAACUACAGGCAGGGGGAGUAAUUGGAGGAGCGUUAUUUGGGAAAAGUCUAUUUGAUGGUAUCACAAAGCCAGCACGAAAUUGCACCACAGUAUCACCUGAGAUUACAAC